GGAAAUCAAAAGUGAAGAUGAAUCAACAAUCGGCAACGAAGAAGACCGUAAAUCGAGCUCAACCAUCAAAACCAGCACAUCCAUGCUGGCAACGAGUUGUAGUGGCAACGUGGUCACUGACGGUAGUGCUGGGCAUUCGGUUGCCGAGCGUAAGCCAUCAUCAUUUGCACUCAUUGCGAGUGACAUAUCGGAUGACGAUUUUGUCAAAACGAUUGUCAAAACCGAGUAUCAACCGACGUCGACACCGCAUUUGGUUGCAGGAGCGGUCUCAAGCAUCAAGCGGGAACCAUCUAGUGCUGAGUUACCAUACAGCAAAUCCGCUUCGUAUAAGGAGCGAACUGGUGGAAACACACGGGAAUCGCAGCUAGGCCCAACCAGCGAACUCGGCAUGGCGGAGGUACCGCUAACUCCCAAAACCGAGCACUCCGAGUCAAAGAAGAAGAACCGACGGAAGCAGAAGCGUAGCAAAGUGUACGACGGAAGUGGUGGCAGCAGCUACGAUCAACCUGACAUCGACGCAAUCGGUAAUGGACCUAUCACUGGAGUAGCACCCAUGGCAGCUACAACUGAUGGUGGAGUCCAACCGAUAGCAACCGGUAACAGUGGCAACAGCUUCUAUGCGACGACGUCUUCCAUGAGCGAUACGAAUAACAUCAGCAACUCCACCUCAGUUCCUACAACCACCAAUACCGGCCCCCUCACUGGCACUGUUGGAUGUCCUUCCGCAGUGGAGGAUGUAAAGACGAAGCCAUCGUCCGAGGAAAACCGCAAGAAACACAGCAACAAGAAGGACAAGCGGCGCGAUCGCUCGAAGGAAGAGUACGAGAAGUCUUCCUCCACCAGCAGCCGGUCUAAGAAGUCGAAGAACCGCCAUAAGGAAGGCAAUGCGAUUGGCGGAAAUAACAGCAAUUGCGCCGUUUCGUCUAGCAACAGUAGGUUCCUGGAUAUGGAACUGUUCGGACCGAUCUCUGAUGAAGAGGAAUCACAGCACUCGUCAGUGGAAACGGAAGCAUCAAGCGGUGGUAAGCAGGGCUCGUUGGAACCGGAUGAACAGCAGCAGCAGCAGCAGCAGCAGCAGCAAAAGCACAAGGAUGAGGGACCGGUGCUACAGAAAGAUGCUACUGCCAGCAGCAAUGACGUUGCUAAGGUACAGCCUGGUCGACCGGCCAUUGUGACGGCUGCUUCUGCUGAGCUGAUCGCAGCCGAAGUCGAUGGCACGACGGCAGCAAAGGGAGGAUUGGUACCAGCCAAGGUGGCCGUUAGUGGUGGAGGAAAUGCGACCGAAGAUCAGCAGCAACAGCAGCAGCUGUACGGUGGUGUUGGCAGUGUAAAACUGGAGCCAUCGGUUCCGAUCGGUAGCAGCGGUGAUCUAACGGAGAAAGAACGGAACAAGGAGGAGUCCCGCAAGCGAAAGGAGAAGAAGCGUCGCGAGAAACUGCGCGCUUCCAUGAUGGCCCUGAAGGAAGACGAGAACAGCGUCGAUCUGGACGAAGCUGGGCGGGCGCUCGAAGCGCAGCUAAUGAGCGACACCGAUCAGAAGGUGGAGGAAGUGUCACCGACCUCAACGGUAACGAGUGCAGCUUCACUUCUCAGCGGAAAACGAUCCUCAGUCGAUAUGAUGGACGUAUUCCGCUAUACCGAUGGUGACGAAAGCAUGGAAACCACAACGACAGCGGCAACGACAGCGACAGUGAUGAGCGAUAAACGUGCCGAAACAACGUCCACUGGUGAUCACGGUCGAAAGGAGAAGAAAAAGAAAAAGAAACGCGGCAAGGAGGAGAAGCAUAAGCAUCAUCACAGCAGCAGCAGCACGAGCACUGCCACGGUCACCGAUAAUCCGUUGCUGACUGGCAGUACCUUCAGCAGCAACGGUAGUGUGUCCGGUGUCGUAGCUACGAAGACCUCGCCUUCGUCAUCGCUAUCAUCGGGGGGAUUAGCUAGUAGCAGCUUAGGUCACGGUACUAGUACCACUAGUGGUGGCAGGCUAAGCGGCAAUGGUGGUGCUCAUGAGUUCAAGAACAGCCAAGCAAACAGUCAGCCGCAAUCUCAACCACCAACGAUGACGCCAGUGACGCCUUCGAUCAACAAACUUUCGCUGGACAUCAUCUCAGCCCAGCAGGAGGAUUCGAAGCACAAUCUCAGCAAACCGUCACCCAGCUUGCCGUGUCUGCUGGACGAGAGUCCGCCGCCUUCGAACAAACAACAACUGACCGCACAGACCAAUGCAGCGGCGGCUGGUGGUUCGGCAUCGACUCCAUUGUCCUCCGGUGGAUCACCACCUUCACCCAUGCCACUAACAGCCGGUGGUAGUGGUCGUGAGAUGACUUGUUCCACGCCGACGUACGAGUAUGAGGAGGUUAAGAUUGGAGGCGAGCGUAAUCGUGGCGGCAACAGCCUCGAGGAAGAUGCCUCACCAGUGGUGGCGCCAUUGUCGAAGCGUAAACCCGACAAACCUGGCCAGAUACCUGGCUUCGGAGUAGAGCUGGAUGAGCAAAUCCACGAGAACGCGGUCCGGUCGAUAUCCGGUGAGUUUGGAGUGGAAAAAACUGCUGACAAGACGCCAGACCACUUGGAUCCAGUGACGAAAGGUAGCAAGUCCGCAGAUCUUCUGCAGCAGCAGCAGCAGCAGCAGCAGCUGUUGAAGCAAAAGAGCGACGAAGCGGCCAAGGCUCUCGGUGGCAUCGAGGAAAAGUCUCGCGUGGUAAUAUCGCAGGAAGAAACGGAGGAUGCUGUGGCCGCACUGCUGGGCGAGAGCUUUGGCACCUCAAACACCCCUGACUUCUCAGACAUAUACAUCAGUGAUCCCGUUGAUCCAGUGGAAGAAGCUCAGCUGGUAACCGAUGAGGAACAGAUACCGCAAAUCCCGGAGGAGGACGAUGAGGAGAUGAAAAAGGCGAUCAUGAGUCUGAAUGCGGAAGAGCUAGAUAUCAAGGCGGACACACCGCAAUCGGAGCACGAUCUGCAGAUCGACACCGAUACGGAUGAUGCGAAUGAGGAUGACCAUCCGGCCAACCUACUUCGGUUCGAUAAUCCACCGAAAACGCCAGACGUAGAUCUCAGUCAGAUCGGAAAGCCGUUGAUCGAGAGCACCACAACUGGUAGAGGGAUUGCAACAACUCCGAUCACAAGUUCCUCCUCCUCCUCUUCAUCUAUCGGUGCUGGUGGGGCAUCGUUCAGUUCGUCCACACGAAAGGAUGAAGCGAAACUGGAAAUGCCCAACACACCUGGUAAGAACGUGUCACUUUCGUCGUGUGAAUCACCGAAGUCGAGUCCAAUAGCCACUACGACGAACACGGCGCCCAUAGCCAGCACUACGACGUCACCAUCGGUUAGUCAGAAGAUCAUUACGCCAUCUUCGACUAUAACGAUCAUCAAAGAACAGUUGCGUGCAGGAACGGCGACAACGGCAACGGUUGCUAGCACCGCCACACCAUUGACCAUCACCUACCCGCCAGUGUCGGUGAAAGCCACAUCUGUGCCCCCCACAAUCGGUAGUCCUCGAUCGUCGGGCGUUACUAGCCAACUGCAGCCAACUGUCGUUGCAAUUUCGCCAUCGAUGGGCCCAGUGCAUCACCCAUCGUACAUUGUGCAAACACCACCAACGAUCACUAUUCCGGAAUCACAUACGAUCCCGAUCUAUCAUCAUCCAGCGAUUGGUGCGCCAUCAUCAGAGGCGACGACGAUGCAGUCGCCUCGCGGUCCCGCAGACAUUAGGUUGACCUCACCAAAACUACAGAUGACACCACACUCACCAUUUGGCCGGACGUCUUCUCCGACGGCAACGUUACGUGCUCAGUCGGUUACGACGGCUGGUAGCCGUCUUUCGCCGCAACUUAGUCCUAUUCCUACGCCAACGGGAACGAUGAUUAUGAAUCCUGGCGGUGGUGCUAGUGGCGCGCACGUGAUUCACUCAACCACGAACAGCAGCGCCUCCACUGUCGGAACACCACCAUCGCAAACCAUCAGUCAGUCUCCAUUCCAUGGCAAACACGGACAAUCUCCAACCGCUGCUGGUCAGGUGAUUACGGCAGUAGGACAGCAAGCGUACAACCAUCAUCAUUAUUCUCAUGUACAUGGAACGGGAAUUGGAACACCUCCUGGUGCAAGUGGUGGCGCAGGAUCGCGAUCGCCGAUAAUCGGAACACUAAAGUCAGUCACAUCGACGAAGGCCAGUGAACCAACGAGUAAGCCGGCACCGUACAAUACGAAUACCACGACUGCGACGACGACGACGUCCACUGGCGCACCGCUACCAAUGACGACGCGUAUUAUUACGACCACAACCGCUGCCGGAAGCAGUGGUGGUGUGUUGGGUACUGGUCCAUCUGCAGCUGGAUCGCCGUCACCCACUGUCCCUCAUGAGUCGUCAACAACGGCUAAGCCAAUAGCAAUAGCUGCAAGCGUGGUGAAAACGUUGCCAUCCGUGGUUAUAUCUCCUCCCGUACCAGAAGGAACAUCGAUCAAGACGACGAAUGCAAUAGUGGUGACACAACCGAAUAUAGUCGUAGCCACAGCAUCUCCUACGAUUGUCCAGACGCCACAACCGGUUGCUAGCGCAACGGUGAGCAAAUCAUUGUCCCAACAGGCUCCUCAGACUAGCAGUGGUUCGCCGAACGCAUUUGUCACGGCGAAGGCUGCUAAAUCAGAGAGCAACAAACCAGCAACCGUUGCUGUUACUCCGGGUAGCAACACCAUUUCAACGAUCAUGUCCAAUCCGAACCAUCAACCAGUAGCUAGUUCAGCAGCAGCAGCAGCAGCAGCAACAGCCACUACCUCUCCACCAGCGAACUCAACUGCUAGUGCAACCACGGUUGCAACGAAACAGUUUGAGGAAUCGUCGUUGCGAGAUAGCAGUAUGCAAGACAAAGUACCAGCAGCUGGCAAGAAUGCUGCGGAAUCGUUGGUUGGCAAAUCAGCUCUGCGUACUGAGCAGGAAUCGGAUUCGAAGGAAGACAGUGAUUGCUGGUCGUCGAAGGAGAUUAACAUUGAUUCGGUGAUCAAAAAGGUUGAUGCACUCUGUUCUGAAGAUGAUUCUGCUUCGCUUCCGUCGCAGCAGCAGCAACAGCAGCAGCAGCGAACGCCAAAGAGCGUCACUGCGAUCGAUAAGGAAGCUUCUACGAUUGAGAUGGUUGCCAAAGGUGAAGAUCGUGCCGAUCAGGAAACGAAAGAGGAGCGUGUUAGUGGUCCUGCUGCAACAACACUUCCUCCUCCAGCGGCAGUGAUGACGGAGGACGAGGAAACUGGACCGGAUGACACCACCUCAGCUAGGGGUGAAUCGAUGGAGAGAGGAGAACAUGGUGGCUCAAAUGCUAGCGGACGUGGCAGUACCACCGGGAGGCGCGGUGUUGGACGUCGCGGUGGUCGAAAGACCUCCGAAACCAACCAUCCUUCCGAUAGCUCUUCUUCUCCAUCUGCCACUACUUUGGACACCGGUGUUGGAGCGGGCAUCCAAACGCGUACCCGCGGUGGAAAGACAGCGUCCGUUAAACGGGGUCGUGGUGGUAGAGGAGCUGCUAACGCAGCUCGCGGUGGAGGUACAGCUGGUAGUGGUGCGUCAAAUGCGCAACAGACGCACCAACAGGGAGGCAUCACAGGAUUGCCGCCAGCUACUGGAACCGCUUCUCCGGCAGGGGCGACAGGAACACCGAAGGCGAACAGGUUUGGAGUAAAUGUUGGCUCUUCCAACGAUAUCUACGAAUUCCACGACGAUUCCGGUGAGGAUGUUUCCAACUCGGACAAGCUCGUUGCCGGCGAUGGUAAUGCUCGGCCGCGUCUGAUACUGACGAUAAAGAAUCAGGCCGCGGUAACGACAGCGUCGUCUGUGCCGGCAGCCUUGUCCAGUACCAGUACUGCACCUGCCACGGUUAUUGCAUCAUCAAGCGGCACCACCGGAAGUACCACAACAGCUGUGGUUAGUGCUGCUCCUGUCGUCUCGUCGGUGGUCACAAUGAGCUCCAGCAGCAAUCCACCUACCAACGUUCAACCAUCGAAUGCUAUACAGCUGCCCAACACACCGAUAACACCAGCAGGGCAACAGCACCAACAACCGAUGGCAGCUCCAGGAAACGAAUCCCAAAAUGUUGUUUCAUCGCCAAUCGUUCAUUCACAACCUGACCUCCUGGGAAAGGAAGAUCUAGCACACCUAGCGAACGUAGCUGGGGGACUUACUCCAGCGGCUGCCGCAGCAGCUGCAGCUGCCAGUACGCGUAAAUCCCGUCGUUUGUUAGAAAAGGAUGGUCGCAGUACGAUCGACGACAUCAUAGAGGACGUUAUCCGCAAUGGACCGUCGCCAAAGGUGGCUGGUAUGGUGCAGGCUGGGGCUGCACAACAACCAACAGCUCUGCCAUCACAGCAACAACAACCAGCAUCGACCGUAACCAUGGCACCAACACAACAGCCGCCAUCACAAUCGCAGCAACCAACAGUCGCUGCAAUGAAUGUCACUGCUUCCGCUGCAACUGGAGGAAUGCCGCAACAACCGCAGUUGGUGGUAUCUCCGGCUGGCGUACAGCAACCACCAUCAUCAGCAUCAACAUCAUUGGUUGGAGAACAGCAGCAAACGCAGCAACAAGGCAUCCAAACACCGCGACGCACAACAAGACAGAACGCGACGAUAUCGUUGACUGCUACUGCAGCAGCUGGUGCGACGGACAUUCAUCGUAAGUCACCGCGAAGUACGCGCAAGGGCAAGGAUCGUAAGACUUCGGAAACGUCGACGGAUAGUAGCGAUGAGAAACCUCCAGCACAUACACAGCCUGCAUCCGUGGCGGCACAGUCAUCAAUGCCGGCGGGAUCGUCACCAGCGAACGCUGCCAGCGUUAGCGAUAAGACAGAUGCGAAGGUCGAUGAGAAGCAAGCUAGUGGUGGUACACUUUCCGCGACCACACCGGUAACACCGAGCAUACCCGUUACCCGUCCCAACGAAACGGCCUCGCUGGCCGAUAAGUCGAAGGAGAAAUCCGUAAAAUUGGGCACCGUCGAUGAGGCAAAGGCACCAGCCGACAUAACGACACAGCACGUUCCGCAAACAUUGAUCGAUCCGGUCACUGGUGAAAUGGCAGUGAUGCGUCAUAGCAAGGAAGGCCAGUACAUACCGAUGCCGAGUGCCCCUCCACAGCCAUUGAAGAAGGUGAUAGCAGCGGCAGCGGCUGCCGAGCAGCUAAAAUCCUCUUCACCGACACCUUCCGCAUCGUCACCGGUGCUGCUUGCUGCCCCGAAUAGUAGCAGCAGCAUCAGUAGCGGUUCAUCGCCGACCAGCAAUCGAGCAUCAACACCAGGUUCCGUAGGACCGGCGAUGGCCACUAACAAGACGAUUGUCAGUGGUGGUCUUGGUGCAACAACAGGCAGUGGAAUGGUUGUGCAGCAACCGGCAAUGGUUACUACGAAACCUCAUCCGCUAAAGGCGCAUGUUCUGAACUCUCAGCAGGCACUGCAACAGCAACAUCCGCAAUCACCAUCCCAGAUUGUGAUUAAACCUGGCCAACAGCAUCCCGGAGGUGUCAUUACGUCACAGCACCAGCAACAACAACAGCAACAGCAAUCGGCCUACACUAGCAGUGGUCCAUUGCAUACGGCUCCAGGAAUUGUAUCGAGCAAAUCGCAUGUACACCCUGGCACACCUACCAUCUCUAUGUCGCAUAAGCAGGCCCAGCCGAUCAUGUCUUCUACUGGUCUCGCUCAGCAGCAGCAAAUCAUCAUCCAAAAUGCCAUGCAAGCGCAAACUCAACCACAUCCUCUGAACAUCAGUAAGCAACAACCACAACCAACCAUCACCACUGGUAAACACGGGGGUGGUAGCGGCGGUGUGCAGCUACAUCCGCACCCGGCUACUGGCAAUCUGUUGAUCAACAUACCAUCCAACAUGCAUCCGGCAACAACCGUUCAGAUGUCUCCACGACUGCAGCAGCAGCAUCAUCAAGUGGUUAUAACGAAUGCGAAACCACCUCCACAAUCCCAACAGCAACAUCCGCAGCAGCAACCUCCAUCGGCAGCGGUGCUGCACAAGCAAGUGACGGUUGCUUCGUCCGGGGCUCCACCGCAGCAAAUCAUCAUUCACCGUGGUAGCGGGAAACCGGGCGAAUCAUCUGCCACGCUACACCAACAGCUACCAGUUGGUUAUGCGACUGUUCUGCAAAGUGGUGGUAAAAUCAUCCAACAGACAGCUGGUGGACCACCGCCUACCAUCGUAUCGCAGCAGACAACCAUCGGUAAACUGACUGCUGGUGGAGGACAGACGAUACAGAUUCCUACCGGCACCGCAGGUAUUCCGAUCCAUUACCAACCAGCACCAGCAGGAAGCAGUGGAGGUCCACAACAGCAGCCAAUUCUGCACAAAGGUGGCAUUGCAACCGUGCAGAAUAAGUUGCCACUAGGCGGUCAGCAGCAGCUGCCGCACAUGGUUGGAAGCAAAGGACCGAUCAUCCAUCAGGUACCGACGAUCGGUGGAAAGAUUGUACAAAUCCAGGCCGCACCGACGGCUAUCCAGCAGCAGCAGCAGCAGCAGCAGCAUUCAGGAACAGCGACAGCGGCCAGCCCUCCGAACCAUCACCAUACGCAGAUGCAACAGCAACAGUUGUUGGUGCAACAAGGACAACAAGUGUUACCUCCUCAACCGGUCGGUCUCACGAAGCUGUCCAACCAUCACGUGUCCACACCAUCACCACCGGCACCAUCACAGCAGCAGCAGCACCAGCAUCAGCAACCACCCUCCAAGGGUAUGUCUCCUCAUCUCCAUCAGGCACCUCAAAUACUGACCGGGGCCGUCGCAAGCCCACCGCUAAAGCAGCAGGCGCAUCCGAUGCAGGGCCAACAACCGAUCGUAACGGGUGCCAGCAGUACGCGUGGUGGUGUCGCAUUGCCUACGAUGAGUCCACAGGGACCUCAACCGACCAUCCAGCGGCAUAUUCUGGCAUCCCAGGCCACCAUCUACGAGCCGACUAACUUGCGCGGAGAUCUGGGAGGUUUUCUAAGUCGCAGCCAGAGCCCUCCACCGGCGCAUCAGCAAAUGUCUCCGAUCACACCUGUUCACGGUCCGGAUGGAGGAUUCCGCGGUGGUAUGCCGAGGGAUUACGUGAAGUAUAUCUACCGUAGCAGCAACAUCCCGAUACCGAGCAGGUCACCGAUGCGGGAGAUGUCAGAGAUGGAAGACACGGUUGCUGCUAGUCCGCCGCUCGAAUUGCGCCGCCCAGCCAGCGGUCCUCGUACGACGGCCGUGCCGCUUAGCCUGCAGAGUCCUGGAGAUCGUGUCACAGAUUCCCCGCAAGGAGGUCAGGUGUUCAUAGGUAGUGCCAGGAUACCGCACCCUUAUCCGGAGUCGCUAAACGCGCGGUACUACGAGCCAUCGAUUGGUGGACCGAACGGUGGAGGCUCGAGAGCGAUCAGCGCCGAACCGCCGCCUGCUCAUCAUCGGCCACAUAAUCUAUCCACUUCGGCGUACGCUACCGGCGGCAGUGUCCCGUACUCGGUUACCCCUAGUCCAACACCACCGCCCUCUGCAUCACCGGCUUCCAGCAUGAUGCAUAUGCAGCGGGAGCGUGAACAGCAGCAGCAGCAGCAGCAGCAGCAGCAGCAGCAGACCGUCGGAAGCGGAACCAUUGUGCAAUCGGCAGGGCCACCAGGGAUGUCGUCUUCGGUUGGACCACCGCCGCGGUUGAUCGGGGACCGAGUGUCGGUAGUGCCCGGUGCAGGAGGUAGCGGCUACUACUAUCGUAGCGACGUCGAGCAUGAGCUAACCGACCAACAACAACUUCAUCCCGUUGCCCUAGGUCACGGAUCAUCGGUCGCAGUAUCGGGCCCGCUGCCAGCUCAUACCGCAGGCAGUGCUGGGCUGGUGCAGGUAAUAGCGCAACCACCGUCCGUGGGCAGGCCCGUUGGCGGUUUGCAGGCGAGCACACCGCCGACGAUCGGUACGCCGGUGCCACCAGUGCCCGUACAAACGGACUCACUGGAAGCACUGUUGCAGCGCUACCCAGUAAUGUGGCAGGGCCUGCUGGCAUUGAAG